AUGAACAACCCUACUUACAUUACAGAAACUUACAGCGGGAAAGGUCAAGCCUUGCAGCUUAAACCGUCAACCAAACAGCACGUUGUUAUACAGUCACCGCCGAAUUUAAAUCUUAGUUAUUCAAGUUUCACAUUCGAAGUAUGGAUAUACGGCAAAAGCUUUUCAUUAACAUCGGAUAAUGCCAUUUUGGGUCAAUGUCAAACCCCUGGGGUAGGCAACAAUUCAUGUUUACAUUUGGUUGUUCGGAAAGGUCUUACGUAUUUGGGCUUUUUUUUUGACGAUGUGAGUGGAUCGACACUGCUCAAAGUCAAUGAAUGGUAUCAUUUGGCCUUUGUGUUCAAUAAUACAAAAAGAGAACAGAUUGUUUACGUGAACGGUAUCCCAGAUGGGUAUCGAACAUCAGAAAGACCCUACAUGGGUGAAGGUGGAAAAAUAACGAUUGGCGUUUCAGAAAUACGUCCAACAAAUAAUGUUGAUUUUUUCGAUGGCUAUCUCGACCAACUGUCUUAUGUGUCUCGAGCAAAGAGAUCGUCCGUUAAGCGCGUCUUUAAAAUACAAUUCACAGGUGGAUACUGA